AUGAACAAUGAUUCAAUAGUAUUAGGUCAUUUUCUUCCAUCAUCUCUUUUACAACAAUUAACACCUCUUCGACGAUUAACAAGUACUAGUAGUGAUUCAGGAGAUAGUGGAGUUGGUCCAGUUGAAGAAGCUUUUAUUAUUUAUGAUCGAUAUAGUGGUCGGCAUCGAGGAUUUGGUUUCGUAACAUUUUCAGAUAUGGCAACAACAAAAGCUGUUUGUUCUACUCGUAUUUUUAAUCUUCAUGGAAGAAAGAUUGAAUGUAAACAAGCAUUAAAACGUGAAGAAUUUUGGCUAAUAAGGAAGGCGAUUCAAAUGAUUACAAAUCUUUUCGUCCAAGUUUAUAAUGCUUCUUUGUCACCACCACCACCGGUACCAUCAUUGACUCCUAUGCCAGCAAAUAUCCAAAUGUGUCCAAGUUCAAUACCAUUAUCAUAUGGACAAUAUCGUCAAUCAUCUCCGACGAGCAUUAAUGCUCUUGGUGGUUGGAUUGUCAAUCCAUCCAUGCAAGCGAUACCACCAAUGUUUCAACCUAUGUUUAAUCCUCAUCAACAAUAUGUUCCAUUGUCAACAAUAAUGUGGAAUGAUCCUUAUCAACAAGCAACAAUACAAUCACCUUUCAUUCAAAUUGAUUCUGUAUUUUGUGGCAAGCAUUCUAAUCUUGAAAAUUGUUUUUACAUAAUUGUAAUGGCUCAACAUCAUGGUAAUGUUGAACGUACUGGUGCUGAUGAUGAGUCAAGCAAUCUUCAACAUUUUGGUCUUUUAAAUCCUGAUGGUGGUCCAAAUGAUUUAUAUUCGUUUGACACAAAUACAGCAAAUCAACCCGCCAGUAAUGAUGAACAACACAAUCGUCAGGUUAUGCCAACUGAUCUUAAUCAUCCACAUAGUCGUGGUACGAAUUAA